AUGAACUGCCUGAAAGACCCUCUCAGCCUGGAGCGUUUGGGAGCCGGGAAUAAGCUUUGCUCCACCUCCUCUUCCUCUUCCUCUUCUUCCUCCUCCGCCUCCUCCUCCUCCUCGUCUUGCCACCACCACCACCAUCACCACCACCACCAUCACCACCAGCAGCCGGCCCUGCUUAUGGCUUCGGCCCUGACCCCCGGCCAGCCGCGAUCGGCCCUGGACUCCGCCAAACAUCGGCUGGAGGUUCACACCAUCUCCGACACCUCCAGCCCCGAGGCCGCAGAAAAGGAGAAGAGCCAGCCGAGCAAGAAUGAGGAGGCGGGCGCCGAAGAUCCGUCCAAGAAGAAGCGGCAGCGGCGGCAGCGGACCCACUUCACCAGCCAGCAGCUGCAAGAACUGGAGGCCACCUUCCAACGGAACCGCUACCCGGACAUGUCGACGCGGGAGGAGAUCGCCGUCUGGACCAACCUGACCGAGGCCAGAGUCCGGGUUUGGUUCAAGAACCGGCGGGCCAAGUGGCGGAAACGGGAGCGGAACCAGCAGGCGGAACUCUGUAAGAACGGCUUCGGGCCGCAGUUCAACGGGCUGAUGCAGCCCUACGACGACAUGUACCCGGGCUACUCCUACAACAACUGGGCCGCCAAGGGGCUGACCUCCGCCUCGCUCUCCACCAAGAGCUUCCCCUUCUUCAACUCCAUGAACGUCAACCCGCUGUCCUCGCAGAGCAUGUUCUCGCCCCCCAACUCCAUCUCGUCCAUGAGCAUGUCUUCCAGCAUGGUGCCCUCGGCGGUGGCCGGCGUGCCGGGCUCCGGCCUCAACAGCCUCAACAACUUGAACAACCUGAGCAACCCUUCGCUCAAUUCGGCCGUGCCCACGCCCGCCUGCCCCUACGCCCCGCCGACCCCUCCCUACGUUUACCGGGACACGUGUAACUCGAGCUUGGCCAGCCUGAGACUCAAAGCCAAGCAGCACUCCAGCUUCGGCUACGCCAGCGUCCAGACCCCGGCCUCCAACCUGAGCGCCUGCCAGUACGCCGUGGACAGGCCGGUGUGA